ACUUUCCUGAGGUAGUGUUCAGGCGACUGUAGUGUAUUACUGGUGGUUAACUCGUGCUCUCUCCUGUUGCUUUAAAGAUGAAGCUACUUUUAAUAUUUUUCACACUAUCAUGCAUUAAGGACGCCGGCGCUCAGAUUAAGCUUGUAGACUUAGGUAUGGCUGGAUGCAGUGACUCAGAUGAAGAGUUUGUGGUGGAACAUGAUGAUGAGGAAGUAUUACACACCGAUUUUAAAAAACAAGGUCUGGUGAUGAAGUUACCUACAUUUUUAGACCCUAUAAAAUGGCCUGCUGCUUAUGACCUCAGUGUCUCACUGGAAGAGCUCUGCAAACACGACAUUGAUCAAGCAGUGAAAGCCUACAAAAGUCCUCCUGAAGCUCUGGAUAUUCCACAAAACUCCAUCUAUCCCAGAGAUAAUGUGAGAGUUGGUAGAAAAAGCACACUCAUCUGUUAUUCAGCACGUUUCUUCCCUCCUCCUGUCCGCAUCACCUGGACCAGAAACGGUGUAAAUGUGACAGAUAAAUCCUCACUCAGUCAGUACUACCCGAAUGAAGACAACACCUACAACCAGUUCUCCCACCUGCCCUUCACUCCACAGGAGGGAGACGUUUACACCUGCACGGUGGAGCACAAGUCCCUGGAGACACCCGACACCAAGACAUGGGAGGUGGAUGUUGAGAUUCCCAGUGUGGGUCCGGCUGUGUUCUGUGUAGUGGGUCUGGCUGUAGGACUGCUCGGAGUCGCUACUGGAACUUUCUUCCUCGUCAAAGGAAAUUAAAGCUCACAUUACUGCUCUGAAGAUCUACAAUCUCAAUAAAUCCAUAAAGUUCCUUAACUGUAUCUAAUACAUUGCUAAAAUGAAUGUUGGUGAAAAAGUAACAAACAGAAAUAAUAUUACAAAAUGUGUAAUAAUUGUAAUACAUUUGCAUUUUAAACUGCAUUAGCAGGUAUUAUAGGAGUCAUACAGGCCCCUUUAUGCAUAUCAAUUUUGUGGCUUUUUUUUUUUAUCAUACACAUGCCAUUCACAAUGAGAUAUUCAGUUCAUAGGAUAUAGAUGCAAAGUUCACAAGCCAGCCUAAGAGACAUAAACUCACCUCUGAAUAUAAUAUUUCCCAUAAUUAUGCCCCAGCUAGGACUUGCACACAAGCAGCAAACAACAGACACGUGUUCGUGUGUAUUUUGUUUGUCUCAGAGAUCAUAAAUUUAUGCUAUUACCAAACACCUUAAAUAAGGAAUCAACAUGUGGUUUUGCCCUAUUACUGUAGCUUGUACAGUAUAAACACCGCACAUGCCAGACUUAUUAAUAAGUGUCAUGGUUAAAUCUCUCCAUACUGAGUGUAUCGCGCAAGUUUACCAGCUGUAUUGUUAAACCACUUUAAUGCUUUCUGCUCACUCUGAUACAGUGAGUGUCAUGUUUAUUUAAUUCUUCUGUAUCACGUUAUUGCUGAUAUGUUUAUAAAGUUUUAGAAAUUAUAUUAUUAUAGUUUUUGAUAUUUUAUUAUUUCCACAGUUAAGCGAGUAGGUAAAGAUGUGGGUGGAUGCUCUGAAUCAUUGAGUAGUAUUGUAAGAUCAUGAAGAAGAUGAAUGUUUCCCCCUGAUAGAAAAAAAUAAAUAAAUAAUGAUAGUGAAGGAGUUGCCUGAUUUUGCUGACCCUAUAAAAUGAGCUGGUCUCUAUAAGCUCAGAUUGAAAGUUUCUGAAGCUCUGGAUAAGUAAUAAAAUGAGCAUCAAUAUGCAGAUCCCCAACGUCCUACCACCUUCUCACAUUAUUCUGCACAUUGUUUUCCCCAUAACUGGACAUGGUUCUACAUUUUACCUUAACCCUUCUGUAUUUUAUUAUAAUUUUUAUAUUCCUAUUUUAUUCUAUUAUUUUAUUUUUAUUACUUUAUUAUUUGUA